AUGCGUCUUACCUACUUCCUCCUCGUGGCUGCGUCAACUUUUCUCUCUACUGUCGAUGCUAGUGCGGGCGGCAUCAAGGCUGAGCUGCCUGCUCUGACUUCGACUGACGCAGCCGUUCCAGCCCGUGCGGUUGACACCAGCAAUGGCAAGAGGUUUUUGCGAGCCUACUACACGGACGAUGAAGACGAAAAAGACGAAGACGAUGAAGACGAAAAAUACGAAGAAGAGAGAGCAAACCCCGACUUAUGA